UCAAACCAAAAAGAAAGAAUGUGUCCUAUUUCAACUUGUAGCAUUGUGGGCUCGCCCAUUUAACUAGCGAAACUUAGCAGCUUCGGUGCUACAGGCAACAAGCCUAACGUGAGCUGUCAGAGGCGAAGGUUGAACACUCCGUGAUCCACCAGAGGAGAACAUGUUACUACUUCAUACUGAUAUGACGAUUACCACUCAGCCGCUAUCUUAUGUACUCAAGUCAUGAGUGCAAGAGACAAAUUUAAACUUAAAAGCUAGCCAUGCUAGCAUGGUUAGUAGAGGCUCGCGCCAGUAAUUUGGACCAGUGGUGGGAGCACAGAACCAUCAACGCCAGAAAACUAUCGCGAAUAUUUACAAUUAAAUUCUCAUUUGAAGUGGUUGGGCUUAUCGGUCAACCUGUUGAGAGAGAUGGCUCGCGUUAGGUUGCAGCUUGCCGGGAGCUGGUUGGUGACAGCGAGAGCCGGGCUUGAAAUCUGAAUCGGUUUCGCUGUUGUUCUGAUAAAGUGUCGGUUCUGAUAAAUGGUCUGUAUAGAUUCUCGGGUUGAUUGUAUCCCUGUGUGGCCUCUCCAAGAGCUCAUUAAUACCCAGCGUGUGUUUUAGAGCCAUCUGUAACCUUUUAGGACCAGUCAUUAGGUGACAGUUCUUUAGCCCUCUGAAGGUGCUCUGAUUUCCUGUUCAGCGGUGUUUACGUGGUGUAAAGGCUACUGUACAUGUUGGUCUGCAUUACACAUUUAGUACAUCACUUUGCAUGACACCUAAAGCAAAUUGACACUAUUUGAUUCACCUCAAACCUUGUCAAAAUCCUCUGUUGAUCUGGCCAAAAUCUAUUCUUUCUCCCAAAGCCAAUACGCCGUUACCUUCCCAGAUAUCCUGUUCAGGUUCCCUUCAGGCCACUUUGAUUAUAAUUGAGUUCAUGUGAUUAUAACUGCACAGAAUAGGAUCUCAUACACACGUGACCAUUUUCUUUCCAAUUGCUUUCUCUUAUUUCCUCAUCCUCAUUGUAAAUCAAAGCAGAACACCUACAAGUAAUGCUUAAACUAUUUUGUGCAUUCAGUGUCUGGAAAACUGUGUCUGGUUACCAUUUUGAGCCUAAAAAGAUCAGUUGAGCGUGUUUUAAAAACAUGUUUGAGCACUAUUUUUUGCAGAUAGGCAAGUACACCAACUAACCAAAGAAACUUCUGCAUAAGAAGAUAAGCUGUGAAGCAUUUUGUGUAUGCAGCAACUCGAAAGAUAACAUGCUUUAUUUCCUUUUUCCUUCUUCCAUGUGUUCUGUGUUCAUGUUUAAGAUGCCGGUUGUUGGUCUGUGGCUCAUGUUGUGUUCCUUAAAAUAGCCUCGCAGUCUCCCAGACCCACCCCACACGUUGGGGUUUUUGCAGGGGUUCUCAAGAGGGUUGCUGGAGCACGGUUACAGAGUGGUGCUGGAUUACCCUGGCAUCCAACACAGCCACGCACACAGGUGCAAACUCUACCUUCUAGGCAUGGUUUUCCCUAAAGCCAUGCAGAUUUAGGGGUUGAUUUAAGAGAGCUUCUGUUUAUUGUAUUCAGAUUGUGGAAACUUCCCUUUUCUUAUCUUGUUGGCAACUUCAAAAUGUCAUUUAUUCCAAAGUGACUAUAAUUGUUAUUAUUGUGGUGUUGUGAUUUGGUUAUGUCGCCAACAUAAAAAAUGUUUAAUCAAUGUCUGAUUAUAUUUUUCUGCUCUCUAUAUUCGUUCAGUCUCAUCCCACUUCUGUCUGCUUGUCAUAUCUGGUUUUCUUCGAAGGGGAAGAGGUGAAAUACGAUCCUUCUCCCCCUCUUUUCCUUUACUUCUGUCUUCCUCUUUAUAGACCUAACGCCUCCUACUGCACAUUAUUCAGCGUUUAGAGCAGGAAAUCAGGCUCUGAACACCAGCAUGUAUUAUACCAACAUGACGGGUUUGAAUUCUGAAGGCGAAGCAACGACGAAAAUGGGAACUGCUCUGGAGGCAGCAUGGAGUUUCCCACCACCAACCUGUAUGAGCUGGAGAGCCGGGUCUUCACUGACCACUGGUCUAUACCUUAUAAGAGGGAGGAGUCCCUGGGCAAGUGUCUCAUCGCCUCCACCUGUCUAGCACGGCACGGUCUUGCUGAUGCUGAUGAGAACUGUAAGCGUUUCGUGGAUCGCUGCAUGCCAGAGGCUUUUAAAAAGCUGUUGACCAGCAGUGCUGUACACAAGUGGGGCACCGAGAUCCAUGAGGGCAUCUACAACAUGCUCAUGCUGCUGGUGGAGCUGGUCGCAGAGAGGGUGAAGCAGGAUCCCGUACCCGUAAACCUGAUGGGAGUCCUGACCAUGGCCCUUAACCCCGACAACGAGUACCACUUUAAGAAUCGGAUGAAGCCGUGUCAGAGGAACUGGGCGGAAGUUUUUGGAGACGAGGCAAACAUUUUUGCUGUCUCCCCUAGCAACAGCUAUCAGAAAGAGCCUCAUGGCUGGCUGGUUGACUUGGUGAAUCGAUUUGGAGAACUGGGAGGCUUCGCUGCCAUCCAGACAAAACUCAACUCUGAGGAUAUCGAGAUUGCUUGUGUAUCAGCUCUGGUCCAGCCUCUGGGUGUGUGUGCUGAAUAUUUAAACUCCAGCCUCGUCCAGCCCAUGCUUGAUCCAGUCAUACACAAGACGAUCACAUACGUGCAGAAUCUGGAGGAAAAGGACCUUAAGGAUAAGCGUCUAGUAAGCAUCCCCGACCUGCUGUCUGCCAUCAAGCUGCUGUGUAUGCGGUUCCAGAGGGAGCUGGUCGCCGUGGUGGACGAUCUGAGGCUGGACACCCUCCUCCGGAUGCUCAAAACGCCCCACUUCUCUACCAAAAUGAACUCCCUCAAAGAGGUGACCAAACUAAUAGAGGAGAGCACGGUGUCAAAAUCGGUUAAGAAUGCCAUCGACACAGACAAGCUGCUUGAUUGGCUCGUGGAGAACUCGGUCCUGUCAAUAGCAUUAGAAGGUAACAUUGAUCAGGCUCAGUACUGCGAGAGGAUUAAGGGAAUCAUUGAGCUGCUGGGUAGUAAACUGUCUCUGGAUGAACUCUCUAAGAUCUGGAGAAUACAGGCAGGCCAAUCAUCAACUGUGAUAGAAAACAUUCAUACAAUUAUUGCUGCUGCUGCUGUGAAAUUCAGCUUUGAUCAGCUCACCCACCUCUUUGUCCUGAUCCAAAAGAGCUGGGAGGUGGAGAGUGACCGUGUCAGGCAGAAGCUGCUCAGCCUGAUCGGGAGGAUUGGCCGUGAAGCUCGCUCUGAAACCACAACAGGAAAGGUGCUAGAGGUGCUGUGGGAGCUGGCUCACCUCCCCACCCUGCCAACCAGUCUAGUUCAGCAGGCGCUGGAGGAACAUCUGGGGAUUCUGAGUGACGCCUAUGCUGUCAAGGAGACCGUGAAACGCAAUUACAUCAUCAAAUGCAUUGAAGACAUUAAGAAGGCGUCUCAGCAGAGCGUUCCUCAGGCCGUCUGGGUGGUCCCCGCGCUCCGCCAGCUGCAUGAAAUCACUCGUUCUUUUAUCAAACAGACCUAUCAGAAGCAAGACAAGAGCAUCAUCCAGGACUUAAAGAAAAACUUUGAGAUCGUCAAACUGAUGACAGGAUCUCUCGUGUGUUGCCACCGACUCGCUGUGACGGCUUCGGGACGUAACGGUCUCUCUGCUUCCACUCUAGUGGACGGUAGAUACACCUACCAGGAGUAUCUGGACAGCCACCUACGCUUCCUGGCAUUCUUCCUCCAAGAAGCCAGCCUCUACCUGGUCUGGAGCAGAGCCAAGGAGCUGUGGGAGUGCCUAGUGACGGGGCCGGACGUUUGUGAACUUGAUCGUGAGAUGUGUUUUGAGUGGUUCACCAAAGGACAGCAUGACCUGGAGAGUGAUGUCCAGCAGCAGCUCUUCAAGGAGAAGAUCUUGAAGCUGGAACCCUAUGAGAUCACUAUGAAUGGUUUCAGCUUGUUCAAGACUUUCUUUGAGAACGUCAAUCUGUGUGACCAUCGUCUGAAACGCCAGGGAACUCAGCUGUGUGUUGAGCGUCUUGACCUGCAAGGGAUGGAUUUUAUUUGGCGCAUCGCCAUGGAAACCCCAGAUGAGGAAAUAGCCAAUGAAGCGAUCCAGCUUAUCAUCACUUAUAGCUACACCAACCUCAAUCCUAAAAUGAAGAAGGAUUCUGUCUCUUUGCACAAGAAGUUCAUUGCUGAUUGCUACAAGCGACUUGAGGCUGCAAGCUCAGCCCUGGGCGGGCCUACUUUGACACAUGCGGUUACUAAGGCAACCAAGAUGCUGACUGCCACAGCCAUGCCAACUGUGGCCACAUCUGUACAGUCACCUUCCAGGUACAGAGGGGGGUUUGGAUCUACGAAGCUGGUGAUCAUUGAAAGGCUGCUGUUACUGGCUGAACGCUACGUCAUCACUAUAGAGGACUUGUACUCAUUUCCUCGUACUAUUCUACCUCACGGGGCUUCGUUUAACGGACACCCCGUCGCUCUUCACGUCACCUAUGAGUCGACCAAAGACACGUUCACCCUAGAGACCCACAGUAAUGAGACGGUCGGAAGCAUCAGGUGGAAGAUAGCCGAGCAUCUGAGCUGUCCAGUAGAUAAUGUGCAGAUUUUUGCCAAUGACAGUGUGUUGACGAUGAAUCGGGACCAGAAGCUGUUGUCCCAGCUCGGCUUCAGUGACGAGCAGAGCUUGACGGUGAAGAGCUCGGGCACUGGGACUCCUUCAGGCAGCUCCGAGUCCUCAGCCUCCGCUUCCAGCAGUUCCAGUUCUGCAGUCUUCAACUCUGCCUAUGCCUUGGAGCAGGAGAAGGCCCUUCCAGGUGUGGUGAUGGCUUUGGUGUGCAACGUCUUUGAGAUGCUUUAUCAACUGGCUAACCUAGAUGAGCCCAGGAUCACUCUUCGUGUGAGGAAGCUGCUGCUGCUGAUUCCAACAGAUCCAGAAGUACAAGAUGCUCUCGACAACUUUGUUCCUAAAGAGUCCAGCGUCUGGAGCCACCAGAAGACUCUGUUCACCCUCGGCCAGGGUGCAGGCUCUCGCUCUCCGUCUGUUACCCCGAAGCAGCAGCAUCAACCCAGUGCAGCGUCCAUCUUGGAGUCUCUUUUUAGGUCGUCUGCCCCCGGCAUGUCUACCUUCAGAGUGCUGUAUAAUCUGGAGGUGUUGAGUUCAAAGCUCAUGCCAACAUCAGAUGAUGAAAUGGCCAAAACCAGCAGCAAGUCCUUCUGUGAGAACUUCCUUAAAGCAGGAGGCCUCAGCCUGGUGGUGAACGUCAUGCAGAGAGACUCCAUCCCAUCUGAAGUGGACUACGAAACCAGACAAGGAGUCUACUCCAUCUGUCUUCAGCUGGCCAGGUUUCUUCUCGUUGGUCAGAGCAUGCCGGCUGUACUGGAUGACGAUAUCAUCAGGGACGGGGACGCCUUGUCUUCCCGGCCGUUCCGCAAUGCCAGUCGGACGGGUCGGCAACUGUCCCUCUGUGGAACUCCAGAGAAGUCCUCCUGCAGACAGAUGUCUCUGUCUGAGCGCUCAUCCAUCCGGGUGGAGGAGAUCAUACCUGCAGCUCGUGUUGCCAUACAGACCAUGGAGGUCAACGACUUCACUUCCACUGUAGCCUGUUUCAUGCGUCUGACCUGGGCAGCUGCAGCUGGUCGACUGGACCUGGUGGGCAGCCCGCAACCUAUUAAAGAAACCCACAGCUCCCUUCUGCCACAGGGGGUUCGCACCAGAGUCAGCAGCACCGGAAGUAACUGCAGCUCCAGCAGUGAGGGAGAGACCACGCCAACGGCACUGCAUGCAGGGAUAUGUGUUCGUCAGCAGAGCGUCUCCAUCAAGGAUGCCAUCAUUGCCCGCGAGGCUCUGUCUCUGCUGGUUACCUGUCUGCAGUUACGCUGUCAGCAGCUGUCUUCUUUCUACACCCUCCUCUCUGUCAACGAUUUCAUUAUUGAUAUUCUGCUGGGAUCGCCCAGCUCAGAGAUCCGCCAUGUGGCUUGUGAUCAGCUCUAUACCCUGAGUCAGUCUGACACGUCAGCCUUCCCUGAAGUCCAGAAACCCAACCUGUUCCUCCUUUCAGUCAUUCUCACUGCCCAGCUGCCUCUGUGGAGUCCCACAUCUGUCAUGAGAGGCGUCAACCAAAGGUUACUGUCCCAGUGCACAGAGUACUUUGAUCUAAGAUGCCAGCUUCUGGAUGAUCUAACGACAUCAGAGAUGGAGGCGUUAAAAGUGAGCGCUGCCACCAUGCUGGAGGAUGAGAUCUCUUGGCUCGACAACUUCGAGCCCAGCUGGAGCUCAGAGAUGGAGACCAGCGAGGCAGAUAACAUUCUGCUGGCAGGACACCUCAGACUCAUCAAGACGUUGCUGUCGCUCUGCGGUAAUGAGAAAGAACACCUUGGUCCGUCCGUCAUUCAGCAGUUGUUGGAUGAUUUUCUGUUUCGAGCUUCUCGUAUUAUCAUCAACAGCUCCAACCCUACACCUUCUCCAGCCCCCAGCCACGACUUCCACCCCAAGUGCAGCACAGCCAGCAGUCGGCUGGCAGCCUACGAGGUGCUGGUGAUGCUGGCAGACAGCUCACUCUCAAACCUCCGCCUCAUCACCAAAGAGUUGCUGUCCAUGCACCACCAGUCGGAUCCAUCCCUCUCCAAGGAGUUUGAUUAUUUACCCCCCGUGGAGAGCCGUUCGGUCUCAGGAUUUGUCGGAUUGAAAAAUGGAGGAGCCACAUGUUACAUGAACGCCGUGUUCCAGCAGCUUUACAUGCAGCCCGGCCUACCUGAGGCUUUUCUGGCCAUCGAGGACGACACCGACCAGCCGGAGGAAAGCGUCUUCUACCAGGUCCAGUCCUUGUUUGGACACCUCAUGGAGAGCAAACUGCAGUACUAUGUGCCAGAGAACUUUUGGAAGAUUUUCAAGAUGUGGAACAAGGAGCUGUAUGUGAGAGAGCAGCAGGAUGCCUAUGAGUUCUUCACCAGCCUGGUGGACCAGCUCGAUGAACACCUGAAGAAAAUGGGCCGAGAACAAAUCUUCAAAAACACAUUUCAGGGAAUUUUCUCGGAUCAAAAGAUUUGUAAAGACUGCCCACACCGAUACGAGCGUGAGGAGACGUUCAUGGCGCUGAAUCUUGGCGUGACUUCUUGCCAGAGUUUGGAGAUCUCAUUGGACCAGUUUGUCCGAGGAGAGGUGCUAGAGGGCAGCAACGCUUAUUACUGUGAAAAAUGCAAAGAGAAGAGAACAACUGUGAAGAGGACUUGCAUCAAAUCCCUGCCCAGCGUUCUCUGUAUUCAUCUGAUGCGCUUCGGCUUCGACUGGGAAAGUGGGCGAUCCAUCAAAUACGACGAGCAGAUCAGGUUCCCCUGGGUGUUGAACAUGGAGCCCUACACUGUGUCUGGAAUGGCUCGUCAGGACUGCAGCGGAGAGGGAGGCGAGGGAAGAGGAGACGGUGCCUCUGGAGGAUCUCCCAGGAAGAAGGUCACUAUUUCAGAGAACUAUGAGUUGGUUGGGGUUGUGGUCCACAGUGGUCAAGCUCACGCGGGACACUACUACUCCUUCAUCAAAGACAGACGCGGGAGCGGUCGAGGGCGCUGGUACAAGUUCAACGACAACGUGGUAGAGGAGUUCGAUAUGAACGAUGAAACUCUGGAGUACGAGUGCUUCGGGGGAGAAUACCGACCCAAAGUCUAUGAUCAGUCCAACCCUUACCCAGACGUACGGAGGAGGUACUGGAACGCUUACAUGUUAUUCUAUCAGAAGAUCAGUGACCAGAACUCACCCGCCCUGCCCAAGAAGAGCAGAGUCAGCAUCAUGAGGCAGGAGGCGGAGGACCUGUCACUGUCUGCCCCGUCCUCGCCCGACGUGUCCCCCCAGUCUUCUCCUCGGCCCCCAAGAGCCAACAACGACCGCCUGACCCUUCUCACUCGACUGGUUCGCAAAGGGGAGAAGAAGGGUCUGUUUGUAGAAAAAAUGCCUGCCAGCAUCUAUCAGAUGGUGAGAGACGAGAAUCUGAGGUUCAUGAGGAACAGAGACGUCUACAACAGCGACUACUUCAACUUCGUCCUCUCCCUGGCAUCAGUCAAUGCAACUAAACUCAAGCAUCCAGGAUACCAGCCCAUGGCCAAAGAGAGUCUCCAGCUGGCUGUUCACUUCCUGUUCCACACCUACCUGCACACCAAAAAGAAACUCAGAGUGGACACAGAGGAGUGGAUGGCAGCGGUGGAGGUGUUGCUGUCUAAAAGCAGCGAGGCGUGUCAGUGGAUGGUUCAGUACCUGGUGGGACCAGAGGGGCGGGAGAUCAUCAGGGUCUGUUUGUUGGAGUGCAGUGUGCGAGAGGUGAGGAUGGUAGUCUCAUCCAUCCUGGAGAAAACUCUGGAGAGCGCGCUGCAGUUCGGAGACCCCGGCCUGGACAGUCUGACGGACGUCCUGCUCUCCUUAUUGGACAAAGACGUCCCUGAAAAUGUGAAAAACUGUGCCCAGUACUUCAGUCUCUUCAGUAACUUUGCUCAGAAGGGUUGUGGACCUUGUCAGCUGCUGAUGAAGCACUCUGCUUAUCGCCGGAUGCUCAUCUUUCUCUUAGGACCCAACAGGCAAAACAACCAGAACCGGCGCUGGAGUCCGGCUCAGGCUCGGGAGUUUCUCCUCCUCCACAGCACUCUGGCCCUGAUCACGCUGCACUCUGACCUCAGCUCUCGGCGAACACAUGACCCAGCAGGAUUCAAGUUGCUUUUGAACAGCGUCCCAUCCUCCAGCCCGCUCCUCCCCCUCCACGGAGACCUGCUGGCAUCACUCUACACCCCCGAGGGACAGCCUUACCUUCUUGAGGUGAUGUUUGCCAUGCGUGAGCUGUCGGGGCCUCUGUCUCUCCUGAUAGAGAUGGUGACCUACUGCUCUUACUGUAACGAGGCUUUCUCCCAGGGAGUCCUGCACCUGCUCAAAAAUCAGCUGGAGACGGCUCCGCCCCACGAGCUGAAGAAUGUCUUUCAGAUGCUGCAGGAGCUUCUGGUGAUGGAAGACCCGCUGCAGUCCCAGAGGCUGAAGUACGCCUUUGAGUCGGACAAAGGCCUGUUAGCUUUGAUGCAUCAGAGCAACAACGUGGACAGCAGGCGCUGCUACCAGUGUGUGAAGUUCCUGGUCACACUGGCUCAGAAAUGUCCUCCAGCCAAAGAUUACUUCAAAGACUUGUCUGGCCACUGGAGCUGGGCCGUGCAGUGGUUGCAGAAGAAGAUGACUGAACAUUACUGGACUCCACAGAGCAAUGUCUCCAAUGAGACGUCCACCAAUAAAACCUUCCAGCGUACCAUCUCUGCACAGGAUACAUUGGCCUACGCCACAGCACUGUUAAACGAGAAGGAGCAGUCUGGCAGCAGCAACGGCUCCGAUGGCAGCCCGGCUAAUGAAAACGCAGACCGCAGCCUCCGACAGGGGUCAGAGUCUCCCAUGAUGCUCGGUGAUUCAAAGAGCGAUCUUGAGGAUGUCGACUCCUAACUCCAUCAGCUGGUCGGGUCCGUCCUGCGGAGAGGCAGCCGAGGUCCAGGCAGCCAGAGGAAAGGGCUGCACUUUGCCUGUGAUUGGUCCGGACACUUAGGACUCCACAGGAGGCCAAUCGGGACUCUUUCUCUUGGUCGCUACGGCAACAAAGGAGCUAUGAAUUAAUCAUGAAUUACUUCCUUUCAGAGCUGCCAAGGCGACAAUAGAGAUGCAUUAUCAUUAAGGGCAUUGCAGCUGACCGGGGUGGGAAUAACCUUCCACGAGUCACGGAUGACUUCGGUUUAUGCUUUCACUCACUCGUUCACUUGGAGGACAGGUCCGGGUUGUGUUUUAACAAUUAUCUCCUCAUAUUUGCCAACGUAUUUGCAUAUUCAUGUUGUAAUUAAGAUUUGUUCCAUAGGUGUAAGAUACUAUUUUAAAGUCUGGUGUUUUUCUCCACAGCCAUGCAAAGUGAAGGAGCUAACUCUAGCUGCUCUAGAGGAACUUAGACGUGUACAGAAACACCUCCACAUGCGAGCACUUGGGAGGGGGCGGGUGGGGUUAAGUAUGCACUUUAUAGUCUAGCCCAGGCUAUUGUGAUGUACAGCAGCAGCGUGGUGGCGGGUCAGUUCCUCCAGAGCCAAGCAGAGCUCGUGUCCUCUUCUUCCUUUGCUUCUCAUCCACUUGUGUUUGCAGUGCCACUCACGCGAUCACAUGACAGCUUGCCACUCCAGCCUGUGACUGGACCUUUGACCCGUAGCCACUGGGACACACAGGACAGGGCCGGGUCCGUGACCCUAGCAGUGCCAUGGUCAGCGCUCUCCCUCCGCUCCUUCUUCUUGCUGACCAGCAGCCUCGUGCUAGAUUUUUAUUCCUCUCAUAGCUACGUUUUAUUUCUCUCAGACUCUGGAUGGAUUUAAUCCUGGAGAGGGUCUUUAGAGACUUCAGCCUUAUGCAAGAAAACCUGAUCUGAAGCCGCACAGAUCAGCGUAGGCAGGCCAUCAGUGCCGACUAAGGAGAAGCUCAGGAGCAUGUUUAAUUUUUAGGUGCCAAGGUUACACACAAACACACUUAUUACACGUAUGAAAAACUUGCAAGCGUGUGUCACUCAUAACACAUCCUCAUUUUACUGUUGCCUCUGCUGCAUCAGGUUUGGCUCUUUUUCUUUUCACGUUGCCUUUUGCUUUUGUCUGCCUUUUUUAGCUCACACACACAUAAGCUGAACUCACACACACACACACACACACACACGUGAGCUGAACUCAAACGUAGCUCGAGUUUUCACAGGAGAGAUACGCUCAUGUUACCAUCGUCACCCCUACCGUAAACCGUCGGGAGUCUUAAAGUGCCUUAAUCUCCCGAUACUACCCCACUCCGACUUACCGCCACAUCUUCAGCAGGGCGUGUCCUUACAAGCGUCUCCUGGAGUCGUUUGGAACGAUCGUGGGAGCGUAACAGGGCUCGUUCAUCCUCAUUACCCCUCAGGCUAAUGCACUAAGGGGUCUAUGAAUGUAACUGUCUAAACGUGGGCGUGUGGAGGGGUGGCGACGGGGUUUUGGUGAUGGUAAAAUGCUGCUUCUUUUCACUCUGAUUCAAUCUCUGUAGCUUUGAGGAAAACACACCUAGCAUAGCAGGUUAGCUCUCAGCUUUAACAGAUUGAUGUUUACAGUACGAGGCAUUCAUGCAAACUGAUUUUCUGUUCCAAUCAACAUGCAGUCAGCCCGCCGAGGAGAGGAAAGACGCCUCUUUAGCCCCUCCAAACUCACCCUUCACUCCCCUCUUCCUCCCUGACUCAUUAGCCGUAAAUGUCACGUUUGCAUGUGUGGCAGCAAGUGGUGAAGUUUGUGUUUUUCUGUGUGACAGAUGGGAAAAAAAAAAAGAAACAGAAAAAUCAGCCCCCCGUGUUGUUUGCAGUGUGAUUUGGUAUCAUUAGCACUUUCUGUCACAAGCUAGCACUGCUCGCUGCGGCUGAUUGGCUGCGUGCAGCUCCCUCACUAAACACACAGCCCAUGCCAAGUGACACAAGCUGCCUCCAGCAGAGUCUCCUACUGGUUCGGCCCUCUUCUCUACAUCUCCACGAUUAUUUAAAGAUGGCGGGCGGGAAGUAGGGGAGGGCUUUGAAACAAUCUUAAUUCUGGGAUGCAGGGAGGGAUAUGGGUCAGGAUUGGCACCUAUACGGGUUUUUACUGCGCUUCAAUUUUGAAAGUUCACUUCUGACGUCGCAGGAAUCUGUAAUGCAUGUUAAAACUCAAAUUUUAAUUUGUACAUCAGAGAAUUUGAUUGAGGGGAGGUUUGAUAUAAAAUAAACUGGAAUGCACAA